AUGUUUACACCUUCAGUCCUGAACCUCCAGCAUUAACCUAGAACUGUAAUCUCAGAAUCAGAGGUAGCUUAAGACCAAGUAUAGACAGUGGUCAAAAUAACAGAAACUGCACAUACAAAAGGUUUGUAGUCUGAGGUUUCUUAAUCACAACUCCAAACACAGCUACAAAGGAUGUCUGCAGGCGAGCGCCUGUUCCAGUGUGAGGACCCAGCUAUCUGGAGAGGUGUUUAUGAGAAAUACUGGGCAGUGGUGGAAGCAAAGGAUGCUAGAAAGGGAAAGAAUUUAGGAAAGCUGUUGGAACUAGAGAAAUGGUAUCAUGAGGAGCUUCCAGCGAACAUUGUGGCUCGGACUGAGCGUUUUCUAACACACCCAGAACUAGUGAAACUCAUGGAGUGGAAACUGACUAGGGGGAAGUUUAGGCCUCGGCUAAAACAGCUGGUGAGCUCAAACAGUAAGGAUGAGGUGCAUCGCUGUACAAAGAAAGCAUUCUCUCUUCUUCCAGAAGUCCAAUCAGCAAUCACAGAACUGAGCACUCUCAAAGGGCUCGGACCCGCUACGGCAUCAGCUGUAUUAGCAGCAGGGGCUCCUGAUGAAGUGCCCUUCAUGGCUGAUGAGGCUGUGGAGAGCAUUGCUGAUCUGAAGCCGAUUCAGUACACAGCCAAGCACUACUCUCUCUUUUUAGAAAAAAUACUACACAAAACACAACAGCUCAACAAAGUGGACACUCAACAAGAUUGGACAGCUCACAAGGUGGAGAUGUGCUUAUGGGCAUAUACUGUGGCCAAUCAGAUUAAACCAUCACUGCUGGAGGAGCUUCCAUUGAAUGAUACUGUCCAACCAAACAGGGAGACCAGCCAGAAGACGGAGAAAAGCAAAGAGACCAGUGAGCCGCAAUCUAAGAGACGAAAGCUGGACUAGUGUAAGAAGGACACUGAGGGGAAAAAACUCCUUGUGUUUGGUCUGCAUGAUCCAGCUCAGCACAGGAGCUUUAUGUGGUUGCUUUGAGUUUGUUUUAACAUAUCUGUAUUGGUUCCACAGUUAAUAUUGGUUAAUAUUGCUUUCUUAUUAUGCAUUAUGUUUCAUUUAGAUUUUUUAAAAUAAAUGUUCUAAUUGA